AUGGCCGAGCAGCUGCAGGAGAAGCAUCAAGAGGAGGGGGAAGCGGGAGACAAGCAUCGUAUCCUGGUGAGGAACGAGACUGACGUCGACCUCACCUCGCAUGACUGCUCGCUCUCGCUCCGGCUGCCCGACGGCAGCGGCCAGGGCACCAGCACCGCCCUGCCCCCGCACUCCACCGUCGACCUCACCCACCACCGGGGCUACACACUCGCCCUGGAGCGCCGCGGGUUCGUGUUCCGCGGGGCUGUGCAGGUCAGGGACGACCCUGCGCUGUGCGACCCCGAUCUGGGCAAGCCACGCGUGGUGCUGGACCCGCCCGGCAGCAUUUUUUAUGUGAUCGAGGACCCAGACAACAGGGCGGUCACCAAGGACGAGGUCGCCGCGGCACACGGGCUUAUCGUGUCGUGCCUGGAGCAUGGCGGCCGCGUGCCUGCACCCUUCCGCGACACCACGCCCGGUUCAUUGCUGGACGUGGAUUGCGGCGCAUUGGGCAGGAGGGAGGACGAGGCGCAGGCUCUGCAGGCCGAGCUCCGGUCGCAGCUGGCGCGUGGCGACUUGCGACAGCCCUGGCACGCGCUGUACGACGCGCGACGCCCGGCCCUGCCCGCCGGGAUGACCCACACGGCUAAGCUCGAGGAGCUCGUGAACACGCGACGCGUGGGCCUCGUGGUCUACUUCCGCGCGCUCGACCGCUUCCCCGGAGGCAAUGCCGAUUGGGCCGUGCUCAAGUUCAAGCUGGGCUUCGCGCCGGCACCGCCAAAGAACGAAGACGAAGAAAAGAACGAAGACGAAGAGAAGAGCGAAGCGAAGUGCGAAGACGAGAAGUGCUGGGUGAGGUGGAUGGGCUACACGAACUGGGACGGCCAGGGCACGAUCUCGCGCAGGUCGGUCGAGCGGGAGAAGCUGCUGGUGGCCCAGGUGCGGGCGCAACUGCUCGAGCCGCUGGCGGACCUGAUCGACGCGUCGGAACAGCGCUCCGUGGAGACGGUCGUCGUCGAUCGCCACCUUGAGUCCGAGGGCACCAACACCGAGUGGAGUUCUAUCGAGGUGCUGGUCUACGUGCCGCCCGAGCUGGCCGACGACGUGGGCGUGACCGCGGCCGCUGACAACGCGCCAGACGACUCCUCGCUCGAGCCUUUCGCUGUGGGCGAGGCCGGCGACCAGCAGAAGCCGAAGCCGUGGCCGCUUGCGUUCAGGCUGCACCAGCGGGCCGUGCCGCACAGCAGGUCGUCAUCCCAGAGGCCCACCAACGUUACAGCGGGUCGCGCCAAGGCCGUGCUCAACGGAGCCAGUUCGCUGUUCCGCGUGGGCCGCGUCAGCUCCACCCUCAGGCACUUGGAACUCGAAGAGCAAGCUCGUCUCCGCGACUUCACUGACAUCUACCUGCCGCCGCUCUUCCUCCAAAGCGACGAGGCCAUGCCCCUCUGCUCGUGA